AUGGCGGAGUCGGAGGAGGAGGUGGACGUCUUGGUCCAGAGAGUUGUCAAAGACAUCACCAACGCCUUCAAGAAGAACCCCAACAUCGAUGAGGUCGGCGUGAUCCCGUGUCCGGAGGCGCGCUACAACCGCAGUCCCAUCGUGCUGCUGGAGAACAAGCUGGGCGUGGAGAGCUGGUGCGUCAAGUUCCUGCUGCCGUCCGUCCACAACAAGCUGCUGCUCUACCGCCAGCGCAAGCUCUGGCUGGACCGGGAAGCCUUGGCGGAUAUCACCUGCACCCUGUUGCUGCUGAACCCGGACUUCACCACCGCAUGGAACGUCAGGAAGGAGUUGCUGCUGUGCGGAGCCCUCAGCCCGGAGAAGGACCUCUACCUGGGCAAGCUGGCCCUCACCAAGUUCCCCAAGAGCCCCGAGACGUGGAUCCACCGACGCUGGGUGCUGCAGCAGAUCCUGGGUCAGUCCUCCACCGCGGGCCGUAAGCACCGGAGCCCGCGGCCCGGCGAGCACCUGGCCCGGACGCUCCACCAGGAGAUAAAGGUGUGCUCCGACGCCGCCGGCCGCUACCCCAGCAACUACAACGCCUGGUCGCACCGCGUCUGGGUGCUGCGGCACAUGGCCAACGGGAACGUCAAGGUGUUUCAUGACGAGCUCUCUUCGAUGCGCCUCUGGGUCUCCAUGCACGUGUCGGACCACAGCGGCUUCCACUACCGCCAGUUCCUCCUCAAGGAGCUGAUCUCCCAGACUCCAGCUUCCACCACCAGUUCACCCCAGCACCAGAGCAGCCCCUCCCCCCCACACCACGACCCGGCCAAUGGCGAGCUCUCUGGCUCGGAGGAGGAAGAGGAGGACGAGGAAGAGAAGCAGAUCAGCUCCACCGCGGUCCUUCAACUCUUCCACCAGGAGGUGGAGCUGUGCUCUGACCUCAUCCAGUCCUUCCCUGGCCACGAGACUCUGUGGAGUCACAGGCGGCAUGUCUAUUACUUAUGGCACCACUGGAGGGGGGGGCACCAGCGGCACCGCGGCAGCGAGCCAGACCGCCUCGACAACGGCGACCCGGGGCCGCCGGAGGCCGGCGCUCCGAGCGGGGGGGUGGCGGCGGCGGCGGCGAAGGAGAGCGUGAAUGGACAGAGGCGGGCGGGCGAGGCGAUGGAGGUGGACGACGCCUCCCUGCCGGACCCGCGCGGCAGCAAGCGGCUGAAGCGCGGCGCCCCCCCCGCCCUGCCCGCCGAGCACGGCUUCGUGAGCGGGAUCCUGGACAGCUGCUCGAACCCCGAGCAGAGACGCUUCGCCCUGGCGUACAGGAAGUGGUUGGACACCGUCAUCGGCCACCAGCCUUGAGGGGGGGGAGAACAGUUAAACCCCGCUGGUCGCCUUUAGACCCGGAUUUCGGAUCAGCUUCCUGUAGCGCCGACUUUAAACUGCUCGUGAUGCAGUGCUGACUUUAGCCACCGGGGGGCAGCGUGGUACCCUGUCCCCCGUUCUCCUGACGUGAGCAGAGAGGUCGGGGGUCCUGGAGAGUGAGGGGUCAGUUUUCAUCCUCUGGAGUCUGAGCCCGGACCCCCUUCAGAAUGGAAAUCUGCACAACCGGGUCCGUUGGUAGAUUCUCUUGAUCCGGGGGUCCGAACGGGGUCAACGGGGUCAACGGGCCACCGCUUUAUACAACGACGAAAUGUUUUCACAUCUCCACGUCGUACUCACUUCCUGUUCACAUAUGUCGGACGCUCACUGGCACAGGAGGGGCGGGGCAAUGACUUUGCGGAGCAGAGUUGACUCUUGAUGCUAAAAGUUGAUUGAUUGGUAUCGAAUGCAACAAAAAAAGAAGAAGCAAUUAAAUUCAAACGCGUUAAAAACAAGGAGGGGCGUUUUUAGGUGGAGUGAAGAAAAAAUGAAUUCCGAUUCAAAUUGUUGCAUACAAAUAUGCAAGUGAUGAGUUGAGUUUUAAUACGCUAACUUCCAUUUACGUCAUUAUCUUGUAUUUUAUUGGCUCUUUGGAAUUAAUAGAAAACUAUUAGAAUGCAUUAAAGGGGAACUCCACCCAACGGAAGAAGUCCACUCUGUUGUCCUCAUGGAGCGCCGUCAGUAUUUGUGAUCAUGAGCCGCUCGUCCAAACUUUAAAUGUCAUCAAGUAUGAAUAGUUUGUUUGUUUAUUUACCCUCGUGAGUUUAGUUUCAGCUUUUCUCAACCACUGGUGGGGCGUUAUGCCAAAAGGGUACAUUAAAUACUUAAACAUAUUAAUUGCCAUCAAUAGAGACAAAUCUGUUCGGGUCAAUGUUAGCUAGCUAAUGUUCCCUUGGAGACACAAAAUCUAUAUAUAUAUAUAUAAACGGAACAAAAUAUAUCACAAAUAAUCUUUUUUUUUUUUUUUAUGAUAUAUUUUGUGAUAUAUAUAUUUUUUAAAUAGAUUUUGUGAUUAUAUAUAUAUCUUUUGUGUCCGAGGGAACAUUAGCUAGCUACCAUUGGCCCGAACAGGUUUGUCUCUAUUGAUGGCAAUAAAUAUGUUUUUGUAUUGAAUGUAAAAAAUAUAUUAUUUAUUUAUUUAAACCAGAAAGUAAUCGAGUGACGAUCCUGUUCCAUUUAAAGCUCCGAAGAUUGUCGAUAGGAAAUAUCAAUCCAUUAAAUUUACUCUCACUGUCUCUCAGAUUUUGGACUUGAUGACUUCUAGCGCUCUAGUUUCUUGGAUUUUGGAGAGUUGUUCAUGUUUAUUCAUAUUUUUGGACAUUGUUAAAAGACAUUGUGGGUUAUUAUUCCCCUUUAAUGCUUUGAUAAAAUAUUUCUCAUUCAAAAAAACCAUCACAUCACUUCACAUUCCAAACCUUUUUGAUGAAUGUGUUUCAAAUGCAGUCGGGCUGCAGCGGCAGGUCUUCAGCCAGACUCCUGUUCCUUUAAAUGUCUGAAGGCGCUCACGUUUCUAAAGGCUCGGGUCUCCACCGGUCAACCAGCGAGUCCCGACUGUGUCGCUCAUUGCCAGGAGCUUGCAACCGAAAGCCAAAAAACCAAACUAGUCGUCGGCUAAACAACAGGUCAAAGGUCAAAACCCUGCUGACUUACCUUCCGCUAACCCUGAAGCACGAACUCAGGGUGCUGAUGGUGGACUUUGAAGGGCGGAGUCAUUCACUGGUGCUACGCAGCCGCCGUUUCUACUUCACCCGUUAGCCGAGAACUGAGCGGCACUUUGGACCGUUUGGUGCCAGGCAGUCGAUGUUCUGACUUCUUUCUGUUUAGAAGGUCCAUGUCUACAUCGUGCUUUUCUUUUCUUUUGCUGAGGAACGAUUGAUAGAACGCUCUUUGGAAGAAGUUGUGACAUGCUGAAGCUGCACAGUCCGUCCCUUCAAACAAGAGGUGAAGCCCCUCCCCCUUUGCGAGUCGCAACCUUAUUUCUGAAAAGAAAACGUGUACGGUGGUGAACGGCAGAGGCAAUUUCUGAAUUUGGUUUAAAAUUGUGCUGCGAAGUUUCUGAAUUUAAGAAGUUGAGAGUUUGUCGUAGUUCCAUUUAGUUCAGUUUUAGACGAUGGAUGUCGCCAACAGCGCGCGAGAGGACGCACGCGACGUAUCAGUGUAGCCAUGGAAACAUGAGCCAUUACUACCAUGGCCUUCCAUUGGGGUCCCAUUGGGGUCCAGUUGGCCUUCCAUUGGGGUCCCGUUGGCCUUCCAUUGGGGUCCCGUUGGCCUUCCAUUGGGGUCCCAUUGGGGUUCAGUUGGCCUUCCAAUGGGGUCCCAUUGGCCUUCCAUUGGGGUCCCGUUGGCCUUCCAUUGGGGUCCCGUUGGCAUCCCGUUGGCCUUCCAUUGGGGUCCCGUUGGCCUUCCAUUGGGGUCCCGUUGGCCUUCCAUUGGGGUCCCGUUGGCCUUCCAUUGGGGUCCUGUUGGCCUUCCAUUGGGGUUCCAUUGGCCUUCCAUUGGGGUUCCAUUGGUCUUCCAUUGGGGUUCCAUUGGGGUCCCGUUGGCCUUCCAUUGGGGUCCCAUUGGCCUUCCAUUCGAGUCCAGUUGGCCUUCCAUUGGGGUUCCAUUGGCCUUCCAUUGGGGUUCCAUUGGGGUCCCAUUGGCCUUCCAUUCGAGUCCAGUUGGCCUUCCAUUGGGGUCCCAUUGGUGUCCAGUUGGCCUUCCAUUUGGGUCCCGUUGGCGUCCAGUUAGCCUCCCAUUGGCGUCCCAUUGGUGUCCAGUUAGCCUUCCAUUGGCGUCCCGUCGGCGGGCCCUUGAUGAAGUUUGGGGCGCCAUCACAGCUGUAUAUAGAGGUACGAUCGGGUCGCCUCAUUGGCUGCUUCCUUGACCACGAGGUGACGGUUCUGGUGGCCCCUGUGCACAGGCUUGCUGUCCUCCAUGACCCAUCACACUGUCCGUGUGCUUCCAUGUAGCCGUUAGCACGUCGUCCUCUGAGGAUCUACGACGUUCCACGAGUUAUGACGCUUCAUCACCUCAGAAUCACUGUGGACGUGGUCAAAGAUAAUCCUGAAUCUUUUUGAGCCACGUAUUCUUUGGGUUUGUCUAUCGGGAACGGGCGAGUAUCAGAACUGUAUGGGGGGGGGGGGAUUUUAACAACCUUGCAGACCUAGAACACAAACUUUGAAUACAAGACUAUCUAUGCAGAAAUGUUUGUUUCCAAGAGGUUCAACAAGCUUUUAAAAAGAAUAUUGUAGCUUCUGUUUUUUGUUCUUCUUCUAAUUUAUUCUCGAGUUUACUUCAGCGGAGGGAAUGUCCUCCGCGAAUAAUCCCUAGCAUCUCAUUGAUUUUCUGUUUAUUUAUAUCGGUAAAGUCUUUUAUCUGCACUUUCAGUGUUUGUCAUAUGCUUACCAAGGAAAUAAAGCUCACCUGGGAUAAAGGAA